GAAUCCGGAUAUGAUGAAAAUGUUUUAGACCAAACUUUUAUCAAGCGAACCAGCAGAACGUCGAGGACAAUUAGGAGUAAUAUUACAACUCGUCCCGCGCGAUAAUCGGAAUAAAGCGAAUAAUUGGAAACGUAUGGAGAACUUUGGAGAUAUUUGAAUUUACAACUAGUGCUGCAUUUUCAAACGAGAAGGCGUUUCACUAUGGAGGAGGGAUGGGAAUGAGUCAAACUUGAGGCAGGGAGUUGUCAUGUUUGUAAGGGUUAAGGGCUAAGGAGGAAAAGGAGAACCUUCGUUAUCUGUCGUGUAUCUCUCCAAGAGGACUGUCUCAUGUCCACGGAUACCGUCUUACCUCCGGAAGGGCCUGCUGGGCCAGGGGAGAACCUUCAACAGGAGACAAGUCCUCUUCUCCCAAACUCUCACGAUGCUUGUGACCGUAACGAAUCAUCUGAAACUACAAACCCAUCCGGAACAUCGUGUCCCAGAGGCACGUCCACCGAAGUACAAAGUCACGUGACAGAGGGAAACACGGCCUAUUGUGACCCUGUUCGAACUCAACCUCAGCCGCUGCCCCAGACAACCACCUCUGCGCAGGGAGAGCCCGACGAGGGAGGAGAAGAAACUGAUUCUGCCAGCAGUCAAAAUGACCACCAAUCCUCCACCGGCCUGAGUAACGGCAAUGGAAUUCGCCGGCAAUGUACCUGUGGGGUGGAGCAGCACCCAUCGCCCGGCGUCUCCCAGAAGAUGCAGAGCCAGCUUCGUUCCAGCUUGUCGGUCAACAGCGACAGCAGCAGACAGAGUAAGGGAAGCUCCACCGGAUCCCACAAGCCUGGGACAUUACCAGAGGACUGCUGUGUCCACUGCAUCCUGGCCUGUCUGUUCUGUGAGUUCCUGACCCUGUGCAACAUGGUGGUGGCCCAGGCUAGCUGUGGCACCUGCACGUCGGAGGUCUGCUGCUGCUGCUGCGCUGAGGACAUGGGAGACGACUGCAACUGCCCCUGCGACGACAUGGACUGUGGCAUCAUGGACGCCUGCUGCGAGUCCUCCGACUGCCUGGAGAUCUGCAUGGAGUGCUGCGGCAUCUGCUUCCCCACAUAGGAAGGGCCAUGAUGGGAUUGGGAAUGAUGGCCGUAUUGCUACUGUUACCUGUACUUUACACUCCAGCAGAGGGAGGGAGAGGGGGAAGUGGGGUGUGUGACCUAGCAUAUGUGCGUGUGUACAAGUGCGUGCCUUCGAUAUAAGCCUACACAGAGAGAUCUGUUAAUCUACACUGGGCCUCUCUGCCAACAUGGCCAAGCAGGGGCCAAAAAUAGUUUAGAAAUGCUUUUGUUACGUACCACAAGUAUAAACAUGUUUUAAUUAACCAAAGUGUGUUUACUGUUGACAGAUAUGUUAAUCAGCUCUUUAAACAGUAUUACUUUAGAUGCCUUAUUGGAUAGGAAGAUCUCUAUCAUUUCAGGAAUCCUAUCCGACUGACAUCUUUGCCUUUAAAAGUGUUCUUCUUUUUCUCGACCAAACUGUCAAGUCCUGACGAAAAAUCAAAGGAAUACAUAUUUUACUUUGAUAUUUAGCAGCCUUUUAGUGUGUUUAGUAGAGGUCGACCGAUUAUGAUUUUUCAAUACAGAUACCGAUUAUUGGAGGACCGAAAAAAGGCCGAUACCGAUUAAUCGGCCAAUUUUUAUU